AUUGCUUAAAAGUAACACCGAUCCAAUCAUGAAAAAAAAAAGAAAAGAGAGAGUCACAGGAACAUAUGAACGCAGGGGGAAUUGAGUCAAUAAAGAUCCAUGUCGAUGAAAAUGGAAUCUCAGCCAGCAUCUCCGGGAUUCGGAGCGUCACUGCAACUGAAGGACUGCAUAGAAGAGCUGCUGAGAUUCACACUUGUUUCCUCCAUUGACGGCACUUUUGAAAUUGACUUAGAUCUCUCUAAAGACUACUGCUCCACCCUCUUACAAGAAGAUCCCUCCGACUCUUUUCCCAAUUGUACUGGUCCUUCUGAAGGAGUUCCGUUAUAUCCUUUAUACAAGCGCCUUGCAGCAUCCUUAUUUGAAGCUUUUUCUUCUGAAGCCUUGCCAAGGACAGAAAACAAACUUGCUGUAAUGCAAGAAACUAGUUCUUUGAAACAAAAGGAAGAAGAGUGGGCUAGUUUGAUUAGGGAAAAAGGUUCUCAUUUGCUCAAUGUGCUAAAAUCUGUGGACUUUGAACUCCAUGUUCAGGAGCCUUACUUCUCCCUGCUUAGGAAUGGACAGAAAACAGUUGAAGGAAGGUGUGCUGUUGGACACUACAAUAAAAUUGAAUCAGGUGCUUUGAUCCUCAUCAACAAAUGUUUAGUUCUUCAAGUUCAGGAAGUCCGUCAUUAUCAUUCAUUUCGUGAGAUGUUAGAAGCAGAGAGUCUUAAAGAAGUUCUUCCUGGAGUGGAUACCACUGAAGAAGGUGUCCAAGUUUACCGGAAAUUUUACUCAGAAGAGAAAGAAAGGUCAAAUGGUGUUCUUGCUAUCAGUGUUAAGAAGCUGGUUUCUCAGCCUUCCAUCGAUCUGAGUUCCAUGCUAUCCGUGCAUAUAGAGAUAGAAAGAUGUUUGUCAAGUCCUAAUUCAGAGUCUAAUUUCGUUCAGGAACUGAGCUAUGCUGGUGUUCAGAGGCUUUUAGGAUUCAUAUGUACAGCUGGAACAGUUUCUGAGGCACUUCCACCGCCAACAUCUUCUCUAAUCUCAUCAUUUCUGUUGCCACAUAAUCCAAAUGCUAAAGGUUGUACAUUGACUGAUGGAGCGAGGGCAUUGUCAAAGCACGUCAACAGGAGCAUUGACAAAUACUGGGGUAGUUUUUCUGGAAGUGAUUCUGAUAAAAAUAGGAAUGCCCUGGAUGUCAUCAGGAACUUAAUAACGUGUUCCUGCUGGAUGAAUAUUCAUAUUGUUCCACCACAUGGUGUUGUUUUUGAGAUUAGAGUUGCUAAUGGUUACGGUGCACGGUGGUCUAAAGAUGGAAGUAAGUUUAUUGGUUUCCUUGAGCCCUAUAUGGAGGAUGGCCAUUCAAAGGGAUGGAGGCACUGAAUAGCAGAAGAUACAAUACGCGUUUGAUCAUAGAAUUUUUUUAAAAAAAAUAAUCAGUUUAUUUGAACCUUUGAAUUAUGUUGUAAUUAUAUGUAUCAUUCCCUUCUGUUCUCAUUUGUUAUAACAUUAGACAUUUCACUAAUGCUUAAUUACCAA